AUGGAAGUUAUUCUUUCACAGCUUUCUGACUUUUUCAAAUCAUACAGUGGGCCAGUGCUUUUUGUUGCACUGUCGCUGAUCCUUUCGGCGUUUGCUAUACACUCAAAACUGCUACCACGUCAUGUCAGGCCGCAUAAUGGGGGCAAUGUCAAGCAGUCAACGAAAUCAAAGUUCUCAAUCAAAGAUGCGCUACCAGCAGUGACAAUUGAGCCUGUUGAUCCGAAUUUCGACUGGGAAAAAGAGAAGCCAGUUCCUUAUAGGCCUUUCAAGAAUGCACCUUACAGGAUCAAUAUGGCUAUUCAGAAAGCCGAUCCCCAAAAUAUUAUCGUGAUCGAAAAUACCUAUUUGAAAUCCACAAAGCUCAGAGAAAGGAUUAUGAAUGAACGAGCUGAAAUUUCUAUGGCUUGCCAUCCUAGCGCGGAAGCCGCCCUGAAAGAAUUGUAUUGCACCGUUACUGAUUUCCUUAUGAAGAAAUACCCAAUGUACUUCUAUACAAAGGAUAAUGGUACUACUUUCUAUAACAAGAUCAAAAAUGAGUCUUUUCCACUGGAUCCCACUAUGGAGGAUCGACUAGAAGUCCUCAAAUUUCUUGGACGUACCAUUGAGGAGGACUUUAUUAUUUUGCUGAAAAAUGGAGACGAGGGUGAACUAGAGAACGAGUAUGUUUGGAGAGCGGGAGUAUCCUGCUACCCGAGCGGAUUUGUUCCGGGUGAAAAAUUUAAUAAACCUUUAACUGCAAUCCAUAGUCCUGUGCCGCAAUAUCUUGAACGGCUGAAAGUUUCAAUGAACAGAUUCUUUGAGAGGCUUCGCGUCCACGAGUUCGUUGUUAGGUACAACUGGAGUAUACAGGCACAUACUAACAUAUUUGCGCCUUCCAUGAAUCACGGAACCCGCACAGUUGCGUCAGUCAAACCGCUUUCUCCUGAAGAUCUCGAUUUCAACAAAGUUUUCAUGCGAGUCGAAAAACAAUGUUUCACAAGGCUACCAAAAACCAAGGCUGAUAUCAUGUUUAUUAGGACUUAUACCACUCCGCUGACAAGAAUUAAGGCCGAAAAUAGGGCUGAAGACUUUUGCGGCGCCAUCGACGGCCUGUCAGAUGAUUUUGCUAUUUAUAAGAACAAGAUCCUCUGGGGAGAUGCAGUUAAGGCAUUUCUUAAAGGUGAGUCAAGCGGUUCGACAGAAAAGGUGUACGAUUUCGAUAUCUUCGAGGCCCAACUUAAUGGUGAACUCAUGAAAAAUUAA